GUCGACGACAUCCUAAAAUCAGACGCUGCUCUUCUACCAGAGUAAAUGGAUUUUGUGAAGAUUUACUUUGACAGAUUCAUAGAUAACACCAUCGAGAAUGAGUUGCAAAGCAAUUUUUUCGGAGAUCCUAUAAUCAGGAGCCAUGAAAAUUACCGAUCUUCUAACUACAACGCCUCAUAUCUGUGCAAUUCAUCCCGUUCAGUAUCAUCAAAUAAAUCAUUCGAUGGUAACCUGGACUAUGCAAAAACAAACUCCAUCGAUUAUGAAUUGGAAAAUGAAGAAUACAGUCGAGAAUCCUCUUAUCUUCAACAUAGUUCCCACAAUACCUCAAAUGAACAGGAAGAAUAUAAUUCCAACCUUUUGAGAAGAAAUAUAAAUACUAGUAUGUAUCCGAACACAGUUUCCUCUACGAGAAAUAUUCGUGGAAGAAAAAGAAGAAGAAUGAAAGAUGAACCACUUUCCCCUUCAGUUAUGAGAAAAAGAAGAAUAGCUGCCAAUGCCAGAGAAAGAAGAAGAAUGAGUAGUCUCAAUGGAGCUUUUGACCGUUUGAGGCAAGUCAUACCGAGUUUAGAAGAAGAGCAUAAAUUGAGUAAAUUCGAAACUUUGCAGAUGGCACUAACGUACAUUACUUCUCUUAGGGAGUUAUUAGAUCAUAUGGAUAGAUAG